UUCCCUUCUCUGUUUGUUAAAGAUUCUGUCAGCAUGAGGUGCUCCCUGCAGGCAGUGGCGCUCUGGGGGAAGAAGGCCCCUCUGCACAGCAUCACUGCCAUCAUGAUCACUGAUGACCAGCAAACCAUUGUGACUGGAAGUCAAGAAGGUCAGCUCUGUCUCUGGAAUCUCUCACCUGAACUAAAGAUUUCAGCUAAAGAACUUCUGUUUGGUCAUUCGGCUUCUGUAACAUGUUUGGCAAAAGCGAGAGACUUCUCUAAACAGCCCUAUGUCGUUAGUGCUGCUGAAAAUGGGGAGAUGUGUGUUUGGAAUGUCACGAACGGACAGCGUGUGGAGAAGGCCACGCUUCCUUACAGGCACACUGCAAUCUGUUAUUACCACUGCUCCUUCCGGAUGACAGGGGAAGGCUGGCUUUUGUGUUGUGGAGAAUAUCAAGAUGUUCUUAUCAUCGAUGCUAAAAGUUUGGCUGUUAUUCACACUUUUAUAUCAUCUCAGUCUCCUGAUUGGAUCAACUGCCUGUGCAUUGUACACUCCAUGAGAAUUCAAGAAGAUUCUCUCUUGGUGGUAUCAGUAGCUGGUGAGCUCAAAGUAUGGGAUCUCUCUUCAUCUAUCAACAGCAUUCAGGAAAAACAAGAUGUCUACGAGAAGGAAUCCAAAUUUCUCGACUCCCUGAACUGCCGGGCAAUACGAUUUUGCACAUAUACGGAGAGACUUUUAUUGGUGGUAUUUUCUAAAUGUUGGAAGGUUUAUGACUAUUGUGAUUUUUCCCUUCUGCGGACCGAAGUUAGCAGAAGUGGGCAGUUUUUUGCUGGGGGAGAGGUGCUUGCUGCUCACAGAAUCAUCAUCUGGACAGAAGAUGGUCACAGUUUUAUCUAUCAGCUGCUGAACAGGUGGGCUCAGAUGGGAGCGGCAUACAAAACAUUCAGUGGGCUUUCAAAAAGCAUAUACCCUGCUGAUGGAAGAGUGCUUAAAGAGACCAUUUAUCCUCAUUUACUGUGCUCUACUUCUGUGCAGGAAAAUAAGGGCCUUUCCUUUGUUAUGGGCUACAUGAAUGAAAGGAAAGAGCCUUUUUAUAAGAUACUAUUCUCUGGAGAAGUCUCGGGAAGAAUUACUUUGUGGCACAUUCCUGAUGUUCCUGUAUCCAAGUUUGAUGGCUCUCCUAGAGAAAUACCAAUAACUGACACCUGGACCCUUCAAGAUAAUUUUGAUAAGCAUCAUACCAUGAGCAUUAUCGACCAUGUCCCUGGGGCUGGAACGGUGGUAGUCACUUCAUCAGAGUAUGUUUCAAGUCUUGAUAAACUAAUAUGUGGCUGUGAAGAUGGGACCAUUUUGAUUACACAGGCUUUGAAUGCUGCCAAAGCAGGACUUCUAGAAGGCGGUUCUUUAUUAAAAGAUUCCCUUCCUCAUAAAGUUCUCAAAGGCCAUCACCAAAGCGUUACGUCAUUACUUUACCCACAUGGUCUCUCUUCAAAAUUAGACCAAAGUUGGCUUCUAUCUGGGGACCAGGACUCAUGUGUCAUCUUGUGGAAUAUCUUCACUGAAGAAGUUUUGCAUAAAUUCUUUUUGGAGGCUGGUCCAGUAACAAGUCUUUUGAUGUCACCAGAGAACUUCAGACUAAGAAGUGAUCAGGUAAUUUGCUGUGUGUGCAGUGACCAUUCCGUGGCUCUCCUUCACCUUGAGGGGAAGAGGUGCCUCCUGCAUGCCCGGAAGCACCUUUUCCCUGUGAGGAUGAUAAAAUGGCACCCAGCUGAGAAUUUUUUAAUUGUUGGAUGUGCUGACGACUCCGCUUACAUCUGGGAAAUUGAAACAGGCACUUUGGAAAGACAUGAAACAGGAGAAAGAGCAAGAAUAAUUCUCAAUUGUUGUGAUGAUUCACAGCCUCUAAAGCCUGAAUUUGCACUUCCAGUUACCUCAGAGACACAUAAGCACAAAAGUGUAGAACAGAGACCCUCCAGCUCCUGUCAAUUUGGGCCAAUACCUUGCCCUGGUCUGCAGGUGGAGUCUUCAUGGAAGGUUGCUGAUGUCAAGCCUUUCUCAGGACCUUUUAAUGUCUUGCCUGUGAAGACAAGAUGGAGUGACAUUGGCUUUCAUAUCCUUCUAUUUGAUCUGGAAAACCUUGUUGAACUUUUGCUGCCAACUCCAGUCUGUGACGUUGACCCUUCCAAUUCAUUCUAUGGUAGUGAGAUCCUGAGAAGAGCCAAAAGCACAGUUGAGAAGAAAACACUGACUCUGAAAAGAAAUAAAACUGCCUCUGGUUCUCUCUCAGCAGAGGCACAAGCCAAGCCUGUCAGUGAGAACCCAGCCCAGGGAGAGAAUACUGCCAAAUCCUUAGGAGAUAAUGAAGGCAUUAAAAGGCAGAAGAAAAUAAAGAACUCCAAAAAGAUGCACCCCAAGCCAUCAAGAAAAGUGGAUGCCAACGUCACGAUAGACACAGCUAAAUUGUUCCUCUCUUGCUUUUUGCCGUGGGGAGUAGAUAAAGAAUUUGAUAAUCUGUGCCUUAAGCAUCUAGAUAUUUUAAAGCUUCAGGGUUCUGUUUCUUUAGGACUUGCCUCAAAUGAGAAUCACUUCUCAUUGAUGCUGCCGGGUUGGGAUUUAUGCAAUGCCGAAAUGAAAAAAGACUAUUCAAAAGUAAACUUAUUUUCCAAAAAAGUUUUGGACUUGUCAAAUAAAUACAUGUCCACUCUUCCAAACCAAGUUGGGAUGCCAAGAGGACUGGAAAAUAAUUGUGAUUCUUCGCAAGAGUCAAACACCCUAAACACUAUAGUUUAUUUAUUGAACAGACUAUUUGCAGUUAAUAAGUUAGUUAACACACCUUUAGAGUUGGCAUGUGGAAUUGACAGGUCUUUCAAAAUGGAAUCUGUGCACAACAAGGCAAGAAUUCCCGGGAAUGAGAUUUCGAGUAUUUCAAGCUUCUAUGGUUACUUACGAAAUGGUAAAAGUGAAUCCCAUAUACCUGAAGCUGACAUUUCACUUUUGAAGCUAAUUUCCUGUUGGAGAGACCAGUCUGUGCAGGUAACUGAAGCAAUACAAGCUGUUCUCUUGGCAGAAGUUCAACAGCACAUGAAGACCUUGAGUAAGAGAGCAGGCAACAGUCAACCAGUGUCCAUGACAGAGGAUGUUCACUGUGAGAUGAGACAGAUUCUGCAGGAGACGGAAUGGACCCGGGAGGAGGUAGAGUUACACUGUACUACAGACACCUUGCCUCUGCAAACUCCAGUCAGUCCGGUCAAGCAUGACAGCGACUCAAACUCGGCAAAGUUCCAAGACACUGAGGACAUGCCUGACAGAUGUGUCUUGGAAGAGUCUGAGAGUCCAGGGAAGUUCCAGUCACUUCAAUUCAACAAACAUUUUUGAGGGCAGCAGCAUCUGGUCCUAUGCUGGGAUGCAAUGGGAGAUUAGAGAAGAGAACUAUAUAUUGGAAUAGCUAUAUAUAAUGGUCUCUACCUUUAAGGAACUUAUAAGUAAUGACUGACCUGGAUGAAUAUACCAAAACAGACAUCCAAUGAGUGUGACUCCUUUAAAGCAGACAUAAACCUGUGUUCAUUUUUUUGUCUCCUAGUAAUAUGACAUCAUUGCUUGAAAUUGUUUUUGAGUUGUACUUCACAAAGAGUAACAUAUUAUCAAUAUGAAUAAUCAUGGAAAAUUGUCAUCUUUUGAAAAUCAACAUAUAUACACACUCCCCCCCCCCCCCCACACACACACAUUAGAAAUAGUCCACAGCUACUUGGAAUAAGUUUCAAAAUAAAGGAAGGUAGCAAGCUAGGCAAUGGAAACCAUUUUCUUACAUGCUGUGCCCUGGCUCUGUAGGUCAUUACAAGAAGGUCUACCAAAAAUAUUUUUAUGAUGGCACUUUCAAAUAUGUAUAUAUUCUCUCAAGAGGGCAAUUUUAAUAGUUAAAACUUAUUUGAAUGCUUAAGUUCUGUUAUAUUUAUUAAAAAUAAGCUUUGUUUUUAUAGCUAUGUCCUAUUAUUCCCUUUUCAAUGAAGAAUAAAAAUAAAUUUAAGCAGUUGCCAUAUUUAGCAUUUUCCGGGACUAAGGAAACCAAUAUUGAAUCCUUGAUAAAUAUUUUAUGAUGUCACCAGAUAUAGGAAAUUAGAAUUGGCAUAACGCUGACAUUACUAAAUGAGAUUUUUAAGAUUUUUUGGAAUCACAUUUUGCAGUUGCUAAAAUUUAAUAAUUUGUAUUAAAUGACUAAUUAUAAUCUUCUUUUAUUGAUAUGAAUUCUGGAGGCCAACACCAUUAACUAUUAAAGCUUUUAAUUCCUAAAAAUGAAGUUUUAGAGAAAGACAUUUAAAUAGCAUUCUCCAAUAUCCAGGUGCAAAUGUGGGCAAGUCCACCCGUCUGUUUAAAAAUGAUUUCCUGGGGCGCCUGGGUGGCUCAGUCGGUUGAGCGUCCGACUUCGGCUCAGGUCAUGAUCUCACGGUCCGUGAGUUCGAG